CAACACUUCGCUCUUUCAGUGAUGAACUUACACCAACGAGGUUUGGUGGACGCUUGCUUCGAAGAAUCCCAGUAUGAUGAAGGUAUCGCUCUUCUCAGUCAACUCAAAUCUUCAAAUGUACUACCUUCCGCAUCUCAUAUACGACAAUUGCUCUAUUUUUCUCUAUACCCACCAACCGUGAAAAAAGUGCCUCUUGGUCCAUCGCUUUCCCCAAGCAAGAUUGGCCGACAACAACAGAAAUCGCUGACUAUAUCCUCACAAACCGCGGCCUUAGCGUGCUCUCUUCUUAUCCAAUAUGCGCUGACGAUGAGUCCAGAAGGAGUGGCUCGUGCUUUACCUUCCUAUGAUCGUUCUAAUGUGAAUGGAAGUGAAAGUUCCGAGUCACUAAUCGCCAAGGAAUCCUACUGCAUAUCGGAGGCGAAGAAUUGCUGGAAUAUCUUGCAAAAAGGCUUCAUACAUCGAGUCACAACAUCUAGUCCAACAAAAAGAGGCACACGGCGAACGACCGUUUUUGACGACAAUGACGACGAUGAUUUUGGCGCCUCUGGUGUUGUUGCUGAACAUGCGUGGCCUGUACUUGACCUUCUUCUUAUCCUCUUUGAGCGCGACGAAUGUGAGACUGAGGCUCGUGGUUUACCGCGUUAUUCUCCCCUUCUUCUCAAUCAGAUACCUGCGCCUCGUAGUGAGAUGAGUGUUCGCUGGGAGGCAGAUGCACCUCUCUCAAUCAUUUUAUACGCUCUCGCUCAAGAAGGGGAUGAACAGCGGCGACAAAUGGGCUCAAGGCUAACGCAAUUGUUAAUCAAUCUUUGUUCUACCAAUCUCUUCGAUUUCACCAUGUUUCUAAAUUCGGUCUUCUCUCGGGUGUACACAUCGGGCCCGAAAGCGUUUUUGGCAUCACUUGUGGCUCUCCCGCCUACGCUUCCAGUUUUGAGGUUCCGAAUUGCGCUCCUGCACAAAUUUAUCAAUAAUGGCGGCAAGAGCACUGCAAAAGAUACCUCUUUACGUUCCAAACCUCAGGCUCGUGCAAAGCCCAUUCGCCAUAGGCGCAACGAAACAAAACCUUUUGAAGAACAGACAAAACCCCAGCUGACUUCAAAUUCGAUCCUCAGUCAGAUCACUUUGCCAUCUUUUACUGAAAUUCGUCGCUCGAUGGAAGAACUCAAACCUCACCUCUCCAACAAAGACCUUCCGUAUACUUGGAUUCAGUUCCAACUUUGGACCUCAAUCUAUAUAUAUCAAACGCAGUUGCCUGUAGGAGCGAGGGACGAAGGGUGGUGGAGCCUAUUACGAAGUGAGGAGUUUCCUCGACAACUAGAAGAGCUGUUUCACACUAAGGAUCCGGAGACAACAGUAUACAAAGAGAUUUUGAAUGACUUGUUAUCCACUUAAAGCCUUAUAUGAACUGUCUGCCGCGUGAUCUCAACACUCGUGAUAUUUGUUCUUUAAACACUGCCUGCGCCGACAAUCGUGUUUAGAUAUCGAUGUCGUCCAUUUCUGAGUAGUCACCAGUGCUGUCUACGUCAACAUCAAUAAGCUCGUCAUCUUGUUCUUUCAAUUUUCCCUGUUGACUCUUCCAUAGAUUCGCCAAAAAUGACGCAUCGCUAGCUUGCAUGAUUGUUUUGUCGUCUCUGACUCGUAUGAAACGCGGGAAGCGAAGGCUCAGCCCUUUACUAGACGAUGUGAGAUGGCAUGCGGCAAUAGAUAUAGGGCUAAGGGUGAUGCUAAGGUACCGGAAUUUUGUCAAAAGAACAAUUUUACCAUGGAGGAGAGUCGACUUACUCUGCGCCUCGAAUUUCCCAUAC